AUGAGGGUGGACUUCAGACUGUCGAGAAGAUCCUUCCACGGUCUGAUGGCCAUCCUCGGCACAGCAUGUGACCAUGGCUGGGGACCUGUCAUUGAGUCCCUCGUCUUCCUGUUUUGGCUGGCCAGUGCUAGCUCCUACCGUGUGGUCGUUCGACUUCCAACAGAAGACGACUUGCCUGAAAUAGGAGCAGGCUUUGCACGGUUGGCUGGGUCGGCAGCCUUCCACCGGGUUGUGGGCAGCAUCGACGGCUGCCACGUCCGUGUGACCCCCCCAGUAGAGGACGCAGCCUGUUACCUGAACAGAAAUAUUUUUUAUUCAGUUCAACUUCAGGCUGUGUGUGACCACACAGCUAAGUUCAUCGAUGUGUUUGUUGGCUUUCCCGGGUCGGCUCAUGACGCGAGGGUUUUGAAGCACAGCCCCCUGUACUACCAGAAAAGGUACCCUCCUCCUGGUUUCUGCCUCAUCGGGGAUGGUGGCUACCCUUGCCUCAGGCAACCCAUCACCCUCAUGACUCCCUUUAGGCAGCCUGUCCAAAACAACCUCCAGGUCCGCUUCAAUGCUCACCUUUCAAGAGCAAGGUCUGUUGUGGAGAGGGCCUUUGGUAUCCUGAAGACCAGAUGGAGGUCCAUAUUUUUGAAGGCACUGGAGGUAGAUGUCCUCUAUGUCCCGGAGGUCAUUGCCUGCUGCACAGUCCUUCACAAUAUCUGCUUGACCAAUGGGGACCUGUUGGAGCCAGAAGCUUAUGCGGAGGGAGAAGCAGAGGACCACCCACAACCAGCUCUUCAAGGCGCCAUCUGUGGAGCUGAGGACAG